CUCUUUUCUCCUUGGUCUUCUUUCUUUUUUUCCCACCUCCCCGUUCUCAUCAUUCAAAGAUUAUUGCGAACGGGAAGAGUGCAGUACAUACGACAAGCCCCGCGCCUUGCUGCCCCUCCUCGCUUGUGGCGCCCGUUUUCGGCUCUUAGCGCGUUUCCCUAGUGCGGAGAGCUAUCACGUCACGCCCUCCUCCAUCUGACCACCGCCAGACGCGCGAGACGUCCUUCAAAGAGAGGCUUCUGCCUCGUGCGGUGGAUCCAAAGCUUCCUUCUCUUCUCUUCAUAAUACCCCCUCACUUCGAAGCUCCUGGCCGAGCGCUUUCCUCCUAUUCCCGCGCUUUAAUUCGAAACGACGUACCCCGCUGUGGAGCUCAGAGCUCCCCCCGUCCCAACGAGCGACUCACCGCCCAACCACCCCGCGGGAUUCAAGACCAGCAGACCUAGAAACCUCCUCACACAGCCCUAAUACAACACCACCGACAACAACGAUGGCAAUCUCCAGCGCCCCGCCAACCCCCUUCCCGCUCUACCUCCUCCCCUCCAUCCCCUUCCGCCGCCGCCGCAGCUCCGCCCUCUCAACCUCCACAACCUCCUCGCCCUCCAGCUCUCCCCCCAGCAAACCCACCUCCUUCCUCAGCGCAGCCCCCACCUCGCACCUGCGCUGCUCCAAAUGCCUCACCGACCUAAUCCCCACCAGCUCCAUCAUCUCCAAAGGCUUCACCGGCCGCCACGGGCGCGCCUACCUCGUCUCCCCCCCGCCAACCGCCGCGCUCUACCCACGCGGCUCCCUCCCGCCCAACGAGCUCGGCGCCGCCGACCUGCCCAACACGCUCACGCACAAGCCGGUCCCGCGCCAGCUCGUCACCGGCGCGCACACCGUGUCCGACAUCUCGUGCCGCACGUGCGGCAGCGUGCUGGGCUGGAAGUACGUCGAGGCCGAGGAGGAGUCGCAGCGGUACAAGGUGGGGAAGUUUAUCCUGGAGACGAAGAGGGUGGUGCGGGGGACGGGGUGGGAGUUCGAUGGCGAUGUUGAUGGAGGAGAGAGCGAGGGGAAGACGGCGCGGGAUGAGGAGGUGGAGUUCGAUAGCCAGGAUGAGGAUGAGUGUGAGGAUUUGUUCUCUGGGAUUUGGAGUGCGCAGCUUGCGAGGCGGAGGCGGAAGAAUCGUGGCUGGAGGGAGGAUGAGUAGGGUUGGUCUAGCAUAUCUUGGGGAUAGGAUGGGUGUCUCUUGCACAUGCGUGAUUUUAUGGAUAUGUUUUGGCGUUUUGGGACGCAUGGGUUGGUUGGAUGAGUGGGCAUUAUUGGCGCAUUUGGUAUUGCAUGCGCUUUCUGGAUACCCCCUAGCACUUCCGCCCACUCACGAUACGAAUACCCGGAUUCACAGAUACCCCCGGUUUAUACCGUCCACAACGGAUGCAUACAAACACACAUGCUUGGAUUUAUACGGCACUUAGUGGACGGGAUGGGAUAAGUGGCGGGCGUAACGGCUUGCUUCAUCUCGUCGUAAGGUACAUAGGGCACAUAAUAGUAAUAAUACAACCAGACUCUUCAGCAAAGAAACGC